UCUAAAUGUACCGGAAAAGGAAACAGAAGAAGAAUCGAGUCAGCUGACUUUGCUCUGUUAUUGAGCAGUUCUCUCUUCUUUUUUAAGCCCCGUGUUUAUUCAGUCAGAUCAUUUUUCUGGGUUUUUUCUCCUGAGAGAGGUCGGCCAUGUUGCGACCCAAAGCGCUGACGCAAGUUCUCAGCCAGGCGAACACGAACGGCGUCCAGAGCACCCUCCUACUGAACAACGAAGGCUCCCUCCUGGCGUACUCCGGUUACGGCGACACAGACGCUCGAGUGACCGCUGCCAUCGCCAGCAACAUCUGGGCCGCCUACGACAAGAACGGCCACCAGGCCUUCAACGAGGACAAACUCAAGUUCAUCCUCAUGGACUGCAUGGAAGGGAGAGUGGCCAUAACGCAUGUGGCUAACCUGCUGCUUUGCAUGUACGCCAAAGAGACGGUGGGCUUCGGGAUGCUGAAAGCAAAGGCGGAGGCGCUGGUGCAAUACCUGGAGGAGCCGCUGACUCAGGUGGCGGCAUCGUAGUGAAGAGUGCUUGAUCUGAGGCCUUUGCGGACUUCUGUAACUUUCUGCUUUUCAUCUGUGUGGGUGUGAGUCUCUCCAAAAUGUCCUCCAUUCUGCCCCCUGCUGCUCAGAAACGGAUCAUUUUGGAUUCUGGCAGAACUUUGGAAAAUCGUGCUUUUCUGCAUUUACAAUUAUCAUGCUUUUAUUUUGAAGGUUAAUAAAAAUGUUGGUUUAAAAGUUG